ACUUUCAAACAAUGCGUUACUGUGUUUCCCUAUGAUGAAGUAUGGAGUUAGAGAAUAUCGUAGCUAACACAGUGUAUAUAAAAGCAAAAAAGAGCGGAGCAGAUAGGGACAAGGGUCGAAGUCGAAAAUGGAAAGCAAUACUGGCUUUUCCUCACAUUUCUGAGUGUUUACAUUUAAAGAAAUACUUAGACUUAAGUUAUGAUUGCAUCGUGGAGCGGCAGCCAAUCGGAAAAAAGCUGUUCUGGCUGUUUUGUAGGAGUGAUAACUUCCUCUCAGAUGCUGUUGAUUUCCUUGAUUCUAUUAAUACGUAUGCAGUUUGUAUUCCAAGCGAACGUCGCAUAGUUGGCUUAGAAAUAUACCAGCGAUUCCUUUCAGACGAUAGCGGGAAAAGCUUUCAUCAACUUGGAGACCUUAAAAGUGGUGAGAUUUUAAGAUCUUUAGAAGCGGCUGAAGAAUAUCCAGACAAAGAACUCUUUUGUGUUAUCCUCAGAAUUCUCGAAAGCUUCCUACGAAACUCUCCAUUCUUAGAAUUUCUAAAUUCAGUCUACUUCCAUCGAUAUCUGCAGUGGAAAUGGUUAGAAAAAACUCCAGUUACAAAGCACACCUUCCGGAUGUAUCGUGUUCUGGGUAAAGGGGGUUUCGGAGAAGUAUGCGCUUGCCAAGUCCGAGCGACUGGAAAGUUGUACGCUUGCAAGAAGAUGGAAAAGAAGCGCAUGAAGAAGCGUCAUGCGGAAAAUAUGGCCAUGAUGGAGAAAGAGACACUACAAAGAGUCAAUUCUCGCUUUGUGGUUAACUUAGCGUAUACAUUUGAAACUAAAGAUGCACUUUGUUUAGUGCUUACAAUAAUGAAUGGAGGAGAUCUGAAAUUCCAUAUUCAUAAUAUGAAUAAUACUAGUGGUUUCAGCGAGAAUAGAUCUCGAUUCUAUGCUGCAGAGAUCACUUUAGGCUUACAGCAUAUGCAUAUGCAAAAUAUUGUUUAUCGUGAUCUGAAACCCGAAAAUAUUUUAAUUGAUGACCAAGGACAUGUUAGAAUAUCGGAUCUUGGAUUAGCUGUAUACAUUGAACCUGGAGGUACAGCUAAGGGAAGAGUGGGAACAGCUGGUUAUAUGGCUCCUGAAGUAGUAAUGAAUACACGUUAUACAUUCAGUCCUGAUUGGUUUGGCUUGGGAUGUAUUGUCUAUGAAAUGAUAAUGGGACAAGCACCAUUCCGUAGACGUAAAGAACGAGUUCGACGUGAAGAAGUUGAUCGUCGUGUUUGUGAAGAUACUGAAGAGUAUAAUAGUAAAUUUUCUGAUAGUUCGAAACGAUUUUGUCAAGCUCUUUUACAAAAAGAUCCUCGUUGUCGACUUGGUUGUGAUGAAUCUGGUCCUGAUGGUGUUAAACAUCAUAGUUGGUUUUCUGGUAUAAAUUGGGUACGUUUAGAGGCUGGUCUUGAAGAAGCUCCAUUUCUCCCUGAUUUGGUGUUCAUCAUGAACAGACGUCAGUUGGAGAGAUAUUUGAAACCUGGGAGCACUGGACAGCUGUUUCCUCCUACUAUGGGACUUUUCAGCAGUGCUCACCCUCGACCCUGCCAGGGGUCGAACCGACGACCUUCAAGUUUUGUAACCAGCAGGUUACCAUUAAGCCACUGGAUCGGAAUCUACUGGUCAUUAUUUCCUACUUCUGUCAGCUCACAACAUAGCACGACCACCACCCAAUGUCAUCGUUGAGUAAUUGUCCUCACGGCCAACUUGAAAAAUCUCUAAAUCCCCAUAACCUCCCAAAUUCAAUAUUAUUGUUAUUAUUAGUGUUUUUACUGUUUUUAUUGCCUUCUUUGUUUAUUAGCCUCAUGCAGUCUAUGCAAAAGAUGUUUUAGACAUUGAACAAUUCUCUACUAUUAAAGGUGUAACAUUAGACAAUAAAGAUAUGGAGUUUUAUAAACGUUUCUGCUCUGGAGCUGUUAGUAUACCAUGGCAGAAUGAAAUGCUAGAAACUGGUUGUUUUGAUGACCUAAAUGAAUUUUAUAAAUCAGAUGGAACUUUAGUCGACAAUUUGAAUCCUUCUAUUGUGCCAAUAGAACAAAAUCCUUCUUAUGGCCGGAGUAUUUUUAGUAGGCUAUUUAAACGUAAACACCAGUCACGUGGUCCACCUAUAAGUCAAUCAGAAAUUACUAGCCAAGAAGUCACUGAUGGACAAGUGACAAGUGUGUCACCAGGAGUGGAAAAACCAACUAUCAACUAUUUACUCAAUACAGAUUCGGAAUUAUUAUUAGGAGUAGAGAAAAACACAAUUUCCAAACAAGGAAAUCUAAUCAAAUCCAAUCGUGAAAUAGUUUCAUCAACUGAUCAAGAUGAUGUAAAGACUGUUGAUCGGCUUACUGCUGAAACACAACUAUCGAAAACUAAUAGCCAUUGUAGUAUGGAUUCUAGCGCCCUAUCACAUAAAUGUAUUAAAUCAAAGAAUCAACAUUUAAUGCUUCCUACAUCUUCCUUAUUUUUUUCAUGCUGUACUCGUACUAACCCAACCUUUUAAGAUUCUCGUAAAAUUUAUUGUCUAUCAAUUGGGACUGUCAAAUGUCUUCCUUGAUAAUGUAAAGUUUUCUGGAUUGUAUGAUCUCUUUUUCUAAAAAUAAAAGCUUAGUGUAAUCUGGAAUCACUUGCCAUCUCGCAUACUAUAGACAACAUAGUCUCCUAUCAUUAUCAUCAUUAUCAUCUUUAUGGAAGGGAUCUCUACGCCAGAUUAUAAGUUGUUCUAUAUACAACUGAAGCCAUAUAUGCUUUUACUUCGCCAACCUUAAAAUAUCUCUGAAAUUUUUUUUGCAUUGAUUGUCAUCAAAUCUUUGUGUCUGGUUUAUCUGUUUUCUGCAGAUAAUAUCAUGGUUUAUUGGUGUUUUUUGUUGCAUAUAUGUAUAAAUAGAUUGCUCUUUUUGUAUAAUAUCCAAACAGCGCCCAAUGUCGACUUCAGAGAGCUUUCCUACAAGUGAUGUAACAUCUACUAUUUUAGUUUAGGCAUUAUAUUGAUUUUUAACAACAACUUUAUUGUGGAAGAAGUUUCUGCUGACUAUGGUGUUCUCCUUGAAAAAUUUCCCUUAUUUCCUUUAAAAAUUUUGAUGGUCAGAUUAUUAGUUUAAUCAAGUUUUGUUUUUCAUAUUCUUCAGUAUACAACGCUAAUCAAUUGUACUUUAAUUGUAGCCAGAUGCAAUCUUUUCAUUCCCAGUUAAACUCUUCUAUGCCUAUAGGAUAUAAACCUUUUAAAAAAUGCCCCCGAAAUUCUGUUAGUUUUUAAUUAAGUUGGAUUCUUUCAGCUUUGCAUUUGAAUGAUAUAAUAUGCCUUUUGAUGACAAUAUAACCAUAAUGUCUGCUGUGUUUACUUUCCAUCUAACUCGUUAUUUAUUUUUUAAAGGAAACAUCAGGCAGUUACUUCUUCCACCCUGUACUCUUCUCAUUUGCAUUAUAAUCUGUUUUUUUUUAGCAUCCCGGUUUUUUCAUUUAUUUGUCUUUGUCACUACACACACAUACGCACACAAUACCCAGAUGUAUUUGUGUUGUAAUUUGUUUAUGCAUUUCGUUGUAUUGUGACUUAGGGCGAAAAAUCAACUGUGUACUAAAUUUCCGCUUAUCCAUAUCGAAUUGUAAAUAAAUAUCGAUAUUUAUAUGUGUAAAAAUUAUUUUCACUGUUUUUCUAGUUGUUUACGCUUUUCUUGCUUUAUAUACCCUUUGCCUUUCUCUUUUUGUGUUCAGUUAUGUACGCGCAUACAGAGCUUUGUGUUGUACUUUCUCCUUCUUUUGUCUAAUUUGACAUGUAAUCUGCUGUGGGAUUUUGUACAGACGGAAAUAUCUUUGUACAUGAGUUUGUCUUCUCGAAGAAAUGAAACUGGUGAUUAAAUUCCUAGUACUGUUG